AUGAAGAACAAGACAUCGAUGCCAUUGGCAACAUUCCUGCUGCUCCCGAGGUUCGUGAAGAUGAAGACGGCGAUACCAUAAUUGCGGCUCCGAAGAUGCGAAAAUCUCGUAAAAAUGAUCGUGCAGAUGAAGAGACGCCUGGUGAAGAUGAAGAUAACCGCUCUGAUGCUGCCAGCAACCUGACUUCUCUGUCCGUAGCGGACAUUCGCAAGAAAUUGCAAGCAGACACAGCGAAAGAAUUAAAUGAGCGAGUCGAAUGGGGACGCCUCUUUCUCUGCCAUAUUCCUUUUUAAGAAAGAAGAUCACACUGAUCAUACUAAUGUAAUAGUAAUUUUUUGUCUCCAAAGAAUGAAUGUGAAGCAAGACUAAGAAGUAGUUGCCUGACAGUGCAUUCUAUCGUACUUGGAGGAUUCUGGGACGAGUCUCUAGAAGACUGAGAGUUUUAUUCUACUCGGAUUUACUGGGAUCCUCCUGACUGAGGAGAGUAUUUAUCUAUGAUCUUAUAGCGGAUGAUCCGAUCAGCUGAUGUAGUGAGCUCUAACCUCUAUCCAAGUGGUCGGAAGCUUUUCCGCACUUCGUUGCCACCGUCACGAGUCGCUCGCAAACGUUCAUGGAGCAAAGAGUUGACUUCUUCUA